UGGACGAGAAGGGCUUUGUUUGUAGAUCUAAAGACUUUUUCUUCUUUUCAGAGGCAAUGGCUAUUAACACUUUUUCUCUACUCAGAAACACAAGCGAUGAAAAUCGAAAAAUACACACAUACGCAUGGUUUGGGGCUUUCUUUCCUCUGAGCUUGGCUAUUAUAGUUGGCAACUCCAUCGCUCUCGCAGUGUUUCUGAGAAAGACAUUUCGGGUGAAGAAAUCCAACUAUCUUCUAGUGAACCUGACUCUUGCUGACUUACUCGUGGGAGUCUCGUAUGCAAUCUUAUCACUCAUGAGUGUGCUGGCUUCGUACGACAUUUUUUCAACCGAUAUCAAUAGACAUGGCAAUCUUGCAAUUGAAACAACAUUUCUUCUAUUAUCCGUAAAUGCCUCUAUCUACACACUGGCCGUCAUUUCUUCUGGCCAUUUCAUCAUCGACUCGCUAAAAGAUGGCAUUACCUCACCGCUAUUGGACUGGUUUGGAUUCUUUCCCUUUUACCAAUUUUAAAAUAUACCUUUCCGCAUAUAAAUUGGUGGCAUUACUUUUUUUAUUAUUGUCUCUUAAUGACUGUACUCAUAAUAAUAUUCAUCUCGUAUCUUUCUAUUUGGAUCAAAAUGAAGUUCUUCACAAAGUUCCGCCACUGCAGAACAAUCCAGGAGAACAGUAAACUGACCAAAACGCUGUUUAUAGUGACUGUAGUGUCACUGGGAACUUGGUUGCCGGAAACAAUUUGGGAAAGUGUUGCGACUUUACAAGAGAUUCCUGAGACAAAAGUGAACGGGAUGUUACAUUCCAUACUGCCAUUAUUAGUGAUAAGCAAUUCCUUUUGGAAUGUAAUCGUGUAUUCAGUCAGAAUGCCUGAAUUUCGAAGGGAACUAAGACUUGUACUCUGUAAAUAUCUGUAAAACUGUUGUCAUUAACACCAAAUCAAAUGUA